AUGAUACAUUCUUAUUUCUCACUCUUGGGUACAAAGGUUCUUCGGCUCAUCAACCAAGUUGGAUUCAGUGGCUCUUUUGAAGAGUCAAAGAGUGACGAUUCCUAUAGAAAUGAUCCUAUGAAGUACGUCGACACCUAUUUAAGAAUAAAUCAAAAAAGAUUUAAUAUAACGCGCAACAAUAAUUUUCUAUCUUGUUUCGCCGGACCCUCGCCUUUUAUACGUUUUCUGGCUGGAAAUUUUUCAUCCUUCGAGAGACAAAAGACAGUUAUAAAAAGAAACGCGUGUCGGGUAACCAAAGAGUAUUAA